AUGGACUUCCCAGGGAAAAUCGAGCUCGACAAUGAGAUCGUCAUGGACGAGAUGAAGGAUGUUUCUUCCCAUCACAUCUCAUACACCGACAUCUCCGACGUCCCCUUUGAAGAGUUCCUCCAUUACUCUCUCAUCCAACGCACCCAAGAAGAACACGCCGCUGCCACCCUCCAAAAGGGCGUCGAAAGCGAUUCGUCGUCCUCUCCUUCCUCCACCAGGAACCCCUUCGGUCGCUGGGCCAACGCCCGUCUCCCCCUGGCAGAUGUCACCUCCUUUGAUGCCACGACCGCCAACAUGACCGCCGACGAACUCGAACGUGCAAAUGCCCGCCGUGCACUCCGACAAGCCGGAUGGGCCGCUGUUUUCUAUCUUAUUACCACCGAUAUCCUAGGACCUUUCAAUGCCCCCAUUGCGAUUGCUCAGCUCGGGUAUGUCCCCGGGAUCAUCCUCUACACCGUCAUGGGCAUCGCGGCCUUUUACUGUGGCAUCCUUCUUUGGAGGCUCUUUAUCCACCUCGACUCGGACCGGUACCCCGUCAAAACCUACUCUGACAUCUGUGAGAGAAUCUUUGGUCGCUCCGCCCGCCAUAUCUGUACCUUCCUUCAGUCGCUCCAGCUGAUUGUCAACGUCGGUGUUAUCUGUCUCAGUAACGGUCAAUCCCUCGCACAGAUCGUCGCCGGCAAUAACGGAACAGGCUACAUCUGCUUCUCCCUCGCCAUUGUCAUCUGGGCACUCUUUGGAAUGGUCAUCGGUCAAAUCCGAACCCUCCAGUCCUUCUCCCUCCUGGCCAACUUUUCUGUUUGGGCCAACCUCUUAAUCAUCUUCACCUCCAUGGGAUUUAUCGCCCACUCUCCCCCGAACUAUGCAGCAGCCCUUGCCAGCAUGGGCGUCCCCAUGGGCCCCGUCGUCACUCACGCCUCUGUCCCCCUCCCCGCAACUACAAAGAUCAACGGCAUCAUGCAAAUGGUCUUUGCCUACGGAGGCGCCAUGAUCUUUCCCGAGAUCAUGGCCGAGAUGCGUCGCCCCAUGGACUUCUGGAAGGGCAUGGCCUGUGCCCAAUCCCUCAUCUAUGUCGCCUACCUCGUCUACGGCGUUUUUGUCUACUCCUUCCAGGGUCAGUUCACUCUCCCGCUCGCUUACCAGGGCGUCAGCAAGUACUCCUGGCAAACCGUCGGUAACAUCCUGGCCCUCAUCAGCGGUAUCAUCGCUGCAGGUCUCUACGGUAACAUCGGUAUCAAGGUUGCCUACGUCAACAUAGUCGAAGACUGGUUCCAUGGCCCAUCACUCCUCUCCCGCAAGGGCCACGUUAUCUGGGCAAUCAUGGUCGUCGUCUACUGGGCUCUCGCCUACAUUGUCGGAUCUGCAGUCCCCCAAGUCGAAAACAUCUCUUCCCUCAUCGCCGCCAUCUGCAUCAUGCAGUUCUCGUAUACCUUCCCACCAGCACUUCGACUCGGAUACGAUGUCAUUACAGACGCCAUGUCCGAGGACGCGGUCUAUAUGCCCGGUCAUGGCACCACGGGAAGGAUUGAUACCUGGAAGGACUCGAGCCGUUGGAGACGCGGAAUCUUGACGGGUCGGGUUUGGUUCAAGGCUUUGAAUUUGGUGUUGGCGGUUGGGUUCUUGGCCAUGGCUGGGUUGGGUAUGUGGGGGUCCGGGGUUUCGAUCAAGCAGGCCUUUGAGGUUAGCUCUACCACUUCUUUCAGCUGCACCGCUCCCGUUUAA